UAUUGCUCCCUUGCUUCCCCACAUUGGCAUGUUGCAGUCCUUUUGAAGUUAGGUCUGGCUUGCAUACAGGGCAGUAAUCGAUUUAAAAAAAACACAUUUGGGGAAUUCUUUUCUUGCCUCCCACUCUCCCCUUUAUGCAUAAGAAAUGUCAAGUGUUUCCCACCUAACUUUUGAGAGAGACCUGCAUUAGGCACAUCAGCAGAAAUAUGUUCUCUCAUCUUUAUAUAAAAGCAGAAAUGCAAAGAGCUGCCAAGGAGGAAGGCUCUCAGGGUAGGAGAGGGGAAGCCAAUUAAAAGCAAAGUGAUCAUGUGAGGUUUGGAAUUGCUAAUAGAAGGGGGAAAAUGCCUCUUCACAGAAAAGCAUGACGAGCCAUUGCUUUGAUUCCAAAAUAUAUCCCAGGAAAACUGCUGUUUUCUGCAUUGUUUUUACUGCUAUUAGAAGGCAAAUAUUUCUGACUCCUCUUAAACUGUUGGCUUUAAGGAGAUUCCUGCUUUUGCUCUUCUCUCUAGAUUAAAAAAUGCAGACUCUUCAGAGAAAGAAGAGCAUGUACCAGCAAACUAAAGUUCUCUUAUGGAAAAAUGUGCUUAUCAAAUGGAGAAUGAAGAAAAAAACCUUUCAGGAAUGGAUCCUCUCAUUACUUUUCCUUCUUUUGGUGUACCUAAUAACAUCGUACCAUUAUUCUCCUCCAAUUGCUGAAAUACCUCACACUUUCCUCGGACGCUUAGAUGAUCCUGCCUUCAGUGCUACUGGGGUUACAGUUGCCUAUACCCCAGUGACAAACACUACAAGACAAAUAAUGAAUAAGGUGGCAUUUGACUCUGUCAUGAAAGGUAUAAAAACAGAAGCGGUAGAAGAUGAAAAAGCCCUGGAAACAGCAUGGACUAAGAAUCAAAGCAUUGUAGGGGUUGUAUUUGAAGAUGACUUUUCUUAUCGCCUGAGGUUUGCUCCCAGAUAUGUGGUUAUUCCAAAUGAAAACUUGGGAGACGUAGAUUCCUGUUACAAUGCUUCUGCAAGUUACUGUGAAAGCCCAAGAUACUGGUACAACGGAUUUGUGUCUUUGCAAUCCAGCAUUGAUGCCGCCAUCAUAGAAGGCACAACAAGUCAUUCUGUCUGGGAAGAAAUGAAAUCCAUUGCUGGUGUCCGUAUGAGAUCAUUAAACAUCAUGCCUACAAUAACAGUGGAGUAUUCAUUUAUCUUGAUUACUCUUGUAAUGUGUUUCUCUCCCUUUAUGCACUUUUUGGCACUAAAUAUGACAAGUGAAAAAAGAAAGCACAAGGAAUUGAUGAAGAUGAUGGGGCUGCAGGACUCGGCAUUCUGGCUCUCCUGGAGUUUGCUGUAUGCCAUCAAUAUUUUGAUUAUGUCCUGUGCAUUGACAGCUAUCUUUUUUAGUGAGUUUUUCAUCAUGAGCAGUUUCUCUGCUGUCUGGCUUCUGUUUUUCCUUUAUGGCAUCUCAUCCAUCCACUUCAUCUUCCUGCUCAGUUCCCUCUUAAAGAAACAUAAAACUACUGCCAACGUUGGGUUCCUCCUCACCCUUCUCUGUGGAUUCCUGAGUCUUAUUGUACUGCUGACAAAACUCCCCGCACCUUUGGAAUGGGCUUUGGGACUCCUCUGCCCCUUUGCUUUUAAUGCUGGAUUUGCAAAGAUUUUUCAUUUAGAAAAAUAUGGAAUAGGUUUAUCUUUUUCUAACUUGAUGGAGGAAUCAAACUUUUUAUUGAAAACUUACAUAAUACUGAUUCUUGAUGCCAUUUUGUAUAUGGUGCUGGCUAUCUAUUUUGACAAAGUUUUGCCUGACAAAUAUGGAAUACCAUAUCCCCCUUUAUUCUUCCUGAAAUCAUCAUACUGGUCCAAAAACAGGAGAGAUUACCCUGGUGAGAGACCAGAAAUUGAACAGAACCGGGAACGUAUCUUUAACGAUAAUAUGGAGCGAAUACCUCCAGACUUUGUUGGGAAGGAAGCCAUCAGACUCAACAAUAUUAAAAAAAUAUAUGGAAAGAAUGACCAGAAAACAGAAGCUCUCAGAGGUUUGUUCUUGAAUAUUUAUGAAGGCCAAAUCACUGCAUUGCUUGGUCAUAGUGGAGCUGGAAAAACUACCUUGCUAAAUGUGCUCAGUGGAUUUAUCAAGGCUUCAGACGGUUCAGCCACCAUAUACAACUACCACUUGUCUGAAAUAGGAGACAGAGAGAGAAUCAGAGAGAGGAUUGGGUUCUGUCCACAGUUCAACAUCCAGUUUGAAGUUGUAACAGUGAAAGAAAAUUUGCAAAUUUUUGCUGGAAUCAAAGGGAUCCAGUCCAGUGAGACCAAAUGCGAGGUGCAAAAUAUUUUGACAGUGUUGGAUAUGACCAGCAUUCAGGACAUCCAAGCUGAUAAACUGAGUGGCGGGCAAAAAAGAAAAUUGUCUCUUGGGAUUGCCAUGUUAGGAGAUCCACAGGUUUUGCUUCUAGACGAGCCAACUGCUGGGCUAGAUCCAUGUUCUAGGUAUCGGGUGUGGACCCUGCUGAAGGAACAUAAACCUGGUCGAGUGACUCUGUUCAGCACCCAGUUCAUGGAUGAGGCUGAUGUCCUGGCUGACCGCAAGGCUUUUAUCUCCUGUGGAAAGAUAAAGUGUGUUGGCUCAUCUCUCUUUUUAAAGAAAAAAUGGGGGAUUGGCUAUCACUUAAGGAUGCACGUCAGUGAGCACUGUGACUCUGAGAGGAUGUCAUCUCUGGUCAGAGAGUAUGUGCCUAAUGCCACAUUCUCAGGACAGAGUGAAAAUGAACUAAGGUAUAUUCUGCCAAUGGAAAAUGUGGAUAAAUUUCCAGAUCUGUUCUUUGGCUUAGACAGCCAUUCCGAUGAAGGAAUUGUUAAUUAUGGAGUUACCAUGACAACCCUGGAAGAUGUCUUCAUGAAACUGGAAGGUGAAGAUCAAGAAGGAGGUGGGCAGACAGAAGAGGAAAGAGAGACUUUCUCUGCCGAUGAAGUGGAAGAAGGUCUUCUGUCAUUCUCAGACAUGGGAAAAGCAACUGUAACCGGCACAACUCUCUGGAAGCAACAAGUCUGUGCCAUAGCACGAAUGCGCUUCCUAAAGCUUAAGACGGCAUAUAAAACCUUGUGGACCCUAUUACUGCUCUAUCUGAUUUUUGUACUCCCUCUGAUUUUGGAACUGAUCUUGAUAGAGGUGUGGCAGGUACUAAAUUCUUGGGAAUUGACUUCUGCUCUAUAUUUCCUUCCUGUUGGAAAGAAGGCUGACAAGGAAUACAUGAACCUCCUAGUCCUUAAUGAAACAGGCUCCAGCAUUGAGAACUUUGUCCACGCUGUAGAGAAACAGAAAAUAAUGUUGGAUGUAACUACUGGAAAAAAUAUCACAGAGGAGUUAAUACACAAUGGGGCUAUAAAAGUAUCUCGUGAGGACCAGAGCUACAGGUUUACGAUAAUGUGCCACACGGAGGUAAUCAACUGCUUCCCCAUGCUUGUGAACAUCAUUAGCAAUGCGCUGCUGGGAACCUUAAAUUCCACUGAGCAUAUCCGAAUCUGGAACCAUCCUUUUUUUUUUAAACAUGGAGUAAUAUUCUGGAAUAAUUUUAUCAUGAACUACCUUGUCUUUUGGUUGAUUAUAUUUCCUGCUUUCCCGCCUUACUUUGCGAUGAGCCACGUAGAGGAUUACAAGCGGAAAGCUCAUUCUCAGCUGCGUAUCUCUGGGCUCAUCCCAUCAGCUUACUGGUGUGGGCAGGCACUGGUGGACAUCCCUCUGAACUGGAUCCUUCUUAUCUCCAUGUUUGGGAUACUGCUUUCACAGAGUUUUCACAUUUGGAAGCAUCCUGGUACCCUGCUCUUUUUGUUCAUAGGUCUUAUUGGAUCUGGAGCUUCUAUCAUCCUGUUGCUUUAUUUAAUUGCCUUCAUAUUUCGCAAGGGAUGCAGCAGCUAUAUUUUGUCCUUUACUCUCGUAAUGGUAACCAUUGCUGUCCACCUCUUUGGUUUAUUCAUGUUUAAUGUUGAAGAUAGAAUUACUCAUUACAUUCUGUCCAUUUUCCUUCCUAUAUAUCCAUUAUUUGGCCUUUGCAUCACAACUUUAUAUGUUUUUGUAGACUUUCCUGAUUCCCUCUUGAAACCCAGCUGGCCGGAAAUACUGAUAUCUGUGUUUGGACCUUACAUCCAGUGUGUGGCUUUCGUUUUUCUUCUUCGAUAUUUGGAAAUGAAAUAUGGAAAAGCGGUUUUGAGAGAGGAUCCGAUUUUUAGACUUUCCCCAGGGAAAGAGCCUUGCCAUCAGAAUCCAGAUGAACCAGAAGAGGAGGAUGAAGAUGUUCAAGCGGAAAGGGAAAGAGUAAGGCAGGCAAUAGCAUCUCAGAAUCAGAAGGAGAAACCAGUUGUUAUGGUCAACAAUCUGCGCAAGGAAUAUAAGGUCAAGAAAGCCAGUGCUGUUUUUAAGAAAAAGAAGAAAGUGGCCACCAAAAAUGUCUCUUUCUGUGUUAGAAGAGGAGAGGUAUUAGGACUGCUGGGACCCAACGGAGCUGGAAAAAGUACAACCAUAAAUAUGAUCACGGGAGAGACUGUGCUAAGCGCUGGGCAGGUGCUGGCGAAGGGGAAGGAUGCAGCUGGAUCUCAACUGGAAGCCAGAGGCCCUGGCUUCCUGGGCUACUGCCCUCAGGGGAACCCUCUCUGGCCAACCCUGACCGUGCAGGAGCAUCUGGAGGUUUAUGCGGCUGUGAAAGGGCUGAGGAAAGAAGAUGCUGCUGUCGCCAUCGAUCGAAUGGUGAAAACUCUGGAGCUCCAGCAGCAUUUAAAAAAAGAAACCAGGACAUUAUCCGCUGGCAUAACGAGAAAGCUGUGUUUCAUCCUGAGCAUGCUGGGUAACCCAACAGUUAUGCUCUUGGAUGAGCCAUCCACUGGAAUGGACCCUAAAGGCCAACGUCAAGUGUGGAAAGCAAUUCAUGCUUCACUGAAGAACAAGGAGCAAGGGGCUAUUUUGACAACACACUACAUGGAGGAGGCUGAGGCAGUGUGUGACCGGGUGGCCAUCAUGGUGGCUGGAGAGCUCCGGUGCAUUGGCUCCAUUCAGUAUUUGAAAAGCAAGUUUGGCAAAGGUUACCUACUGGAAAUUAAAGUGAAGGACCCUGAGCAAGUCGAUGAACUCCAUGCCAAAAUUCUGACGAUCUUCCCACAAGCAGCUCGUCAAGAGCGGUUUCCUUCUUUGCUGGUCUACAAGAUACCAAUGGGAGAUGCUCUUCCUCUGUCCCAGGCUUUCUCCAAGCUCGAGGCAGCCAAACAAACCUUCGGCUUUGAGGAGUACAGCUUCUCUUUGAACACCUUGAUGCAGGUGUUCUUGGAACUCUCUCGAGAGCAAGAGAAGGAAAAUUUUGAUCUGGCGUUGGAUGGAAAUUAUGAACGGAAACAACUUCAGCCACAAGACAUUUAGCAAUGUUAAAAUGUUUCCUAUUUAAUCAAUUUUAAUCUUUAAGAUUUGAUUGUCUGUCAGUAUAAUAUGGUUAUCAGCACAGCAGGUAUUGCAGCUUCUGUACUUUAGACAAAAGAAUUAUUUUUUUCUAAUUUAAGUUUUCCUUUUAAGGAAAGAACAUUUUUAAAUAAUAGAAGUGUUACUGUUCUCAGGAUGACAUGGUUUGCAUGAAAGAGGUAGUAAAGCAUACAUAGGAAAUGAAAAACAAAUUUUGCAGAUGGAAUUGGAACUAAAUAUGAAAUAAAACAAUGGAAAUCGAAAGAGAUCUCUUUGUAAAGAUAGUCUUGUAGUAUAAUUAAGUGCAUCCUCAAUCCCACCCUCCAAAGAAUACUUUAGGCCUACAAAUCAUAAAUCAGCACGCCACAUCAACAGAAGAAUUUCCCUUUACUCCAUCAAAGGAUCUGCCCUUUAAUCUGACAAGUAUCAUAUUAACCUUAGACAGCCCAUGUCAUAUUUGACAUUACCAUAAUGUUUCUAAGAAGCCAUCUCUGAACCAUUAGCUAUUAUUUUUUAAAGCUCCUGGAGGAUCAGGAGAAGUCCUAGAUAACUAGAAAAGGGCAAACAUAAUACCUGUUUAAAAAAAAAAAAAUUAAAAGAAAAUUUAGGAAAUAACAGGAACAAAUUAUUAUACAAGAUCAAAUUAUUUUAAAAAACUGAUAUUGAGCUAAAACAAGCAACAUAUAUUUGUCAAGACCAUAUAUUUGUGUUGAAUUCAUCUAAUUUCCUCCUUUGACAGGGUAAUUAGACCUAGUGGAUAAGGGAGACGCAGUAGAUGUGAGAUCUUGCCUUUAGCAUGGCUUUUUUCCGGAUUCCAGAUGACAUUCGUAUAAGUAAACUACAGAAAUAUGGUCUCAGAGAAAUCAUUUUGAGGUGGGUGCACCACCAAUGGAAAAAAACUCACUCAAAACACUUCUUUAUGGUUCACUAUCAAACUCAGAAGACAUUUUAGAGGAGUCCUACAGGGGUUGGCCUGGGCCCAGUACUAUUCAAUAUUUCCAUUAAUGACUUGAAUGAAAAAGAAUCCACUUAUGACAUUUGUGGAUUAUCAGUGAAGAGUUGGCAAUCAUUAUGGAAGACAGGAUAAGCCUUGGGCUAUCCUGACACGGUCCUGGGCCAGAGCUAGGGAAACGAAUCAGGAAGCCACACCUUCAUUUUGUAAUGGUGCCUACAAUAUGCAGACUUCUCUGUGCUCAGUGGAAACUAAGUACAUCAGAGAUCUUGUACCAAUAUUUUAAUAUUUUCUGUUUGUUUCCCAUUAAGCAAUAUGUAUAGAAAUACUCACGUAAGACAUCUGUGUUCAGAUACAUUUUGGCUAAGGUUUUUACUCUAUUUUUGUACUCUUGCCAAUAAAAGUCUGCUUUUAUUGAAACCAAA